CGGGGCUUGCGCUUGGUGUUUAAUUUGGGGUUUUACGGCCGAGUGUCUUGAUUGUCUUUAAGCCCACAGUCCGUACAGCUGAGGUUCCCCAGGGGUCGUGCCUGGCAUUCCCUGAGUACAGCUCACACAAAUCGGUACUCGGGCAGUGGAGUUGGCAUUGAAUGAAACAGUUCCUUAUCCCUAGAAAUAGUUUUAUGAAACCAGAGCAUCUCCUGUGGUUAUGAUAACCCAAAGGUUCCAGUGUCCUGUGCUGCCAACCACAGCCCAGAACCUUUGUAGAUGCACAGACUGUCUGCAGAGAUCUGCUGCCUCAUUUGGAGGAGGCCCAGGGUGAAGGCAUAGAGCCAGCAGAGUCCCUGUGGACUUCGUUUGCUGAUGGCAGAGUCAGACUGAGAAUAGAUAACUCAUGUCCACAGACUCCCAUAACAGUUCAUCAGAUGUUCAAGGAGAGCCUGGAAAAAUAUGGAUCCCUUAAUGCUUUGGCCAGCAAAAAGAAUGGAAAAUGGGAGAAAAUAACUUUUUCAGAAUAUUAUUCCCUCUCUAGGAAAGCGGCCAAGAGCUUCUUGAAGCUUGGUCUUGAGCGAUUCCAUAGUGUAGCAAUCCUUGGAUUUAAUUCUCCAGAAUGGUUCAUCUCAGCUGUUGGAGCUGUUUUUGCUGGAGGAAUUGUCACAGGAAUAUAUACAACCAAUUCUCCAGAGGCCUGUCACUACAUUGCUCAUGACAGCAAGACUGAUAUCAUGGUCGUGGAAAAUCAAAAACAGCUGGACAAGAUAAUGCAGAUCUGGAAUCGUUUGCCACACUUGAAGGCUGUGGUGCUAUAUAAGGACUCCAUUGCAGAGAGACAUCCAAAUAUGUACACGAUGGAAGAGUUUCUGGAGCUGGGAGGUGACGUCUCUGACAUUACUUUGGAUGACAUUAUUAACUCCCAAAAGCCAAAUCAGUGCUGUGUUCUGAUAUACACCUCCGGAACAACUGGGAAGCCAAAAGGAGCCAUGCUGAGUCACGACAAUAUAACUUGGACAUCAGCCCAUUGCAGCAGAGCAGGAGAUAUGCAACCUGCAGAGAUCCAACAGGAGUCUAUAGUCAGUUAUCUCCCACUCAGCCACAUAGCUGCACAGAUCUAUGACCUGUGGACUGGAAUCAAAUGGGGAGAGCAAGUUUACUUUGCUGAACCAGAUGCUCUAAAGGGCAGCUUGAUUAACACACUGAAAGAAGUGCAGCCAACAUCUCACAUGGGAGUUCCCCGAGUAUGGGAGAAAAUCAUGGAGAAAUUAAAGGAUGCUUCUGCUCAGUCAGGAUUUAUGAAGAAGAAAAUGCUGUCAUGGGCCAUGUCUCUUAGCUUAGAGACGAACCUGAACAGCUCAAGCAGCAGUGAUCUAAAGCAGCUCUGGACAAGAUUAGCAGACUACUUAGUGCUUGCAAAAAUACGCAAUGCACUGGGGUUUUCUUCCUGUCAGAAGCACUUUUCUGGUGCUGCUCCUCUCAAUACAGAAACACUGUAUUUCUUCCUGGGUCUGAACAUCACCCUGUAUGAGGCCUAUGGGAUGAGUGAGACCACAGGCCCACAUUGCCUGUCUGGGCCUUAUAUUUACAGGCAGCACAGCUGUGGUAAACCAGCACCUGGAUGCAGAGUGAAACUGGUGGACAAAGAUGCAGAAGGCAAUGGAGAAAUCUGUUUCUGGGGAAGGACUGUUUUCAUGGGUUAUUUAAAUAUGGAAGACAGAACAAAAGAAGCCUUUGAUGAGGAGGGGUGGCUGCAUUCUGGAGAUUUAGGAAAGCUAGACAAGGAUGGCUUUCUCUAUGUCACUGGAAGAAUUAAAGAUUUGAUUAUUACAGCUGGAGGUGAAAAUGUGCCUCCAAUUCCAAUCGAAGAUGCUGUUAAAAAAGAACUCCCAAUUGUUAGUAAUGCUAUGGUGAUUGGAGAUAAAAAGAAGUUUUUGUCAAUGUUCCUGACCCUAAAGAGUGUGGUGGACCCAGAUACAUCUGAUCCCACUGACAUUCUCACAGAGCAAGCUAGAGUCUUCUGCCAGAGGAGUGGCAGUAAAGCCACAAAAGUGUCCGAGAUUGUAGCUACGAGAGACCCGGCAAUCUACAGGGCCAUCCAGGAGGGAAUCAACAGAGUCAACAGCAAUGCUACCAACAGGGUUCAUUGCAUUCAAAAAUGGAUAGUCCUGCCGAGAGAUUUUUCCAUUUCUGGGGGAGAACUAGGUCCCACAAUGAAGCUGAAGCGGCUCACCGUGCUUGAGAAAUACCGAAAUGAAGUAGACUCCUUCUACGAAGAAUAAGUGUUUCCUCCAAGCAUUAAGAAAGAUCUGUGAGCAAAAGGAAAUGCUUUCUAAUCAAAAGCGUUAAUGAGGAUUUAUGCUUUGAGUUUGUAGUCUAUUGAACCAAACCACUAGAAAGCUGCUGCCAGUUUAGUUGUUCCUGAUACUCACCUGAUCAUUUGUCCUCUUUUUACAGAAGCAUCUACAGUAUGUCCGUUCUCUAAUGCUGCUUUUAUUUUAUGACCUAAAUGACUAAAAAGAUCCUUCUGUGUUGUAUAAAGCAGAUAUAACUAAUUCCUCUAGACUGAAACAUAAAAUUUUUAUACAGUGCUCUUCCUUUUUUUUUUUUCCUUUUGUUCUACAGGAUGUUUCCUGUAGCUCAUGAUAUAUUUUGGUAGAUAGCAGCACUGCUUAGUGCAACUGCCAUACCACUCCAGUGAUAAUUAUUUUAAAAAUAUAUAAAAAUCAAAAGGGCUGGGAUUUUUUUCCCCUCCCAGAGAACAACUUUCUUGUUCACUAAUAUAUUUGAGAAUGUGAAGACACUCCUCUCCUAUUUUUGUAGUGCCUAGAAUUCAGACUUCUGGGAAAACAGCAGUUCGUUUCUUAAGUCCAUGUUGGAAUAAGCGUUACUACUUCUCCUAAAAACAAAUAAUCAGAAAAAGCAGGGGAACAGCUCCCUAAGACUGAAAAACACAAAGCAGUAACCACAGGAGCUCUCACAUGAAAAUGCUACUACAGAAAUUUCUUUUAAAUGGUUUACAGUGCUUUUCUUUGAGCAGUGUUUGUCAGUGUGUAUCUGCAUGUUUCAGUAUUCACAUUGCACUAAUUCUGACAAAUGUGGGCUGCAUUUCUUCUUACCCAUAUGCAAAAUAAAUCACAUUAUGUGAAGGAAA